CUCACUUCCUGUGGUUUACUUGCAUGCGAGCUUGUAAGAUUUGCUGAGUUGUGGCUGCUGUGCAUAGACAUAAGGCACAAUAAGGCACAACACAGCAUGCAGCUACGCGAAACGCUGUACAGGAUUGAUUACCGAUAACAAUCAGUGCUUCGGGCUCCAGGCAUUGUCGUAGAUCGUAGACAGCUGAUCAAGCUAUCCGCCUCAAGCCAUCACCAUCACUUCACAAACAACGUUUCUCUCAACAUGGCUGAGGCUGAACUCCCUGAACACCAUGGAGAUGUACAGUAUACCCAAGACAAUGUAUCAGUACACGUGAGUGGUCCACACAAGGUGUCUACAGCAAAUGGAAAGUUGGACAUGACAAAAAAUAGAUUUGGUAUCAAGGUAUCUUGGACACCAACUAAAUUACAUUUGAAGCAAGACUCACUCUCUGGGGAUGAUUGUAACACAUGGGAAGAACUCUCUCCCGAUGCGCCUGUUGCAUACCGAGUAUUAAAAGAGCCGAAGCGUGAUUCGCUGGAUGCUGUACAGAUCAAACAGGAACAGAAUGCUGUGCAGCCGUUUUCUUUUGAAAUUGAUGAGCUGGCAUCGUAUCAGUGCAAACAAAAAGCAGACAAGCACGAAGUCACCCUGUUCCUUUCUGACGGGACAAGGCUGCCGACGCUAACCUUCAUUCAGGACCGACAGAAGCAUUUUAUUCGAGAACUGCAAGAGUUCUUGAAGUUUAAGACGUCAAGGAAAGACAGCAGUCUCCACGUCGUUGUUAAUCCCGAAAGACCCGACAGAGAAGCAUUGGAAAAAUCAUUCGAGGAACUGAAUUUGUUUCCCGAGUCACGUAAUAAGGGUAUUGUGUCUCGGUUCUUCAACGAUCCGUACACAGCAACGAUGGACGGCUUUGCAAAGGUGACCAAUCUUGUCACUGGAAGUGGACCGUACACAAUGUCGCCACAUCGUUACCACUCCUUCGACGAGAUGAUGGAACUGCAGCCCGAAAGCUUUACGGGGCUCGAAAUCGCCAAUCACGAAGAGGAACCCGGUUUUGAAGUAGUUGUUCGGAUACUGCCAAAUCGACCAGACGUGGAGCGGUGCUGCCCGUUGUCACAUGAGGAGUGGGUACUGUACUAUGACUCUGAAGGAAGAAUUUGCAAUGAGGCAUCAUUGAGAGAACGAAUAUUCCGAGGGGGCAUUCAUCCUCAUCUGAGAAAAGAAGUUUGGACAUUUCUUUUGGAUUAUUUCUCUUUCAAUUCGACUUACAAAGAAAGAGAAGCAAGAAGGAAACAGCUCAAGGAUGACUACUUUCGAAUGAAGCUCCAGUGGAAAACCAUUAGCGAAGACCAGGAAUUGAGGUUUUCUGGGUUUAGGGAACGAAAAAGCAUUGUGGAGAAGGAUGUUAGCAGGACUGACCGGACGCACGAGUUUUACGAGGGGGAAAAUAACAAAAACGUGGAAAUGCUCUAUGAUAUCCUUAUGACUUACUGCAUGUACAACUUUGACCUUGGCUAUGUACAAGGCAUGAGCGACCUCUUAUCACCCAUCCUAAUUGUAAUGGAAAAUGAAGCAGAUGCCUUUUGGUGCUUUGUUGGGUUCAUAAAAAGAGUGGAAUCAAAUUUUGACAUGGAUCAGAUGGGAAUGAAAACUCAGCUAUUGCAGCUUCAUGACGUCUUAGGAGUUGCACUACCGAAGCUAGCAACUUAUCUAGAUCAACAUGACUCUGGCAACCUGUACUUCUGCUUUAGAUGGCUAAUCAUCCUCUUCAAGCGAGAAUUUAAGUUUGAAGAUAUCAUGAAGUUGUGGGAGGUGUUGUGGACAGACUUGCCUUGCAAGAACUUCCACCUGCUCAUCUGUGCAGCCAUCUUGGAUACUGAGACAACUAGAAUGAUGGAGAACAACUACGGUCUCAACGAGAUUCUGAAGCAUGUUAAUGACAUGAGUUACAAGAUCAACCUUGAGGAAACUUUAGCCAGGGCAGAAGGAAUUUACCUCCAACUCAAGGAUUGUCUUAAGCUUCCUGAAAGCGUCCAGGAAACCCUUGGAAUCUGCAGAGGGUCCGCGGAUGUGUCGUGUGGUGAUACGACGAAAGAAAAAGACUUCUCGGAACCAUCUGCAACGGCUGCGCAGCCCAAGGACAGCCCGCUGAGCUCAAGCAGCGUGGAAGUGUUAUCUGAAGCUGACAUUGAGGCCAGGUACCAACAGCAUUUUGAAAUCCUCAGUUAGGGUUUUCUUCUUCUUCUUUAUAUACAAUGUCAUAUUUGAUCUUCAUUGGUCACAUUUCUCUCUGUGUCAUUUUUAAUCAUUUAUUUUAAUGGGCAGAACUGCGUCCACAAUGUUUGGUCACUGUUCGUGGAGCUCAGUGCCAUGAUGUUAUAUCAUAAUAUCAGUUGUCAUUUAAUGCUACUUGCUGUGUGCUAAUAAUUGGCGUGACCUUCUGCACUGGGAGUCACUUGCGAUUAUAUGUAGAUAUGUUGAUGUUGAUAAAAAUAAAGAAGGGAGGUACUGUAAGCGCCUGACCGUGCCCUUGGAGGACAUUUAUUGGGCAAUAAACCUUCGGAGGCAGUGUAGAAACUCUAUACGUCGUUAUUUAUUGGUGCUGUAAUCCAGCAGCUCCAAGUGACUUCAACAGCUAGCUUGGUGUCAGUGGUUUACAAUCACUUCAUCGACGACUCUAUCUCUGAAGGAGCCAUGAAGGACAGAAAAGGAAGUGAAACGGUUGUGCAGAACAGAAGUCAUGCACAUCAGCACUGUGACUGAAUCACUCUGAAGACUGGUUCUGAGAAGGCUAAUUGGUGUCGUGAACUGGACUGAAGGUGUGUUGUCAAAGACUGGAAGAGAUUAUAAUGCAGAAGUUGAAGGAAUCAAUCUCAGAAAGUUGAAUAUAUGAUUACCGAACUUACUGAAAGAUGUUAAAAAAAGAAGAAAAAUGCUGUAUUCAGUGUAUGAAGGAUCCAUUGAAGACACAGGAGGUUGCAGAAGUAUUUAUAUGAACUUUAAAGAGGUUCGCGAGUGUCAUAAAAAGGGGGAGAUUCACAACCAGGACAAUAAGAAUGAAUGAAGAAAGAAAGAAGUCACUGUCCUUUCUAUGUGUUCCAGCCUCAGAACAUCAAUUGCCAUCAUGUUCAGUAAGAAUGAGAUUAUGUACAAGGUGAAGAAGCUGCAGGAAAUCUUAAGAAGUCUCAACCAAUAUGGACUCAAACCAACAGUAAGAUUUGGUAUGGGCAUCAUAAUAACAAAGUUCAGAGAAGCAACAAUGUUCCACAAGGAAACAUUUUAACUUCAUGCUCGAUAGAAAUUCCCAUCUUCACUUCCGCAUCUUCUCAAAUAAUUGCAGACCAAUCGAAAGCUCACGAAAGGAGAACGGGAUAUCCGCAGUGCAAAGCAUCUGCACUUGAUUAUUUAUUUAAAGGGGUCACCUUUUCAGAAGACACAGGCUUUACGUUGUUCACCCCUCUGUGUGCUUGAGGGCUGUUCGUUUGGCAGCAGAUGUUUGGAGCUAGCUGUUGUAUGUUGCGCUGUACUCUUUUGUAACAGCAGGCGGAUACAGCUGCAGAUAUUCGUACACAUAAUUUUUUUAGGACGCUGAGGGAGAACGAAGGUGUGUAGGAGUGCUUGAUAUUAUCUUGUAGCAGGCCUUGUGUAGGGAACUGUAUGAGUGCAAUGUGUCAUCCGCCAAAACCGUACUGCAGAACGUAGACGCUACUGCACUUACCAACUUAGGUAUGUCCUUUCAGUUCCAACCAACGAGGCAUUCGCUGAAGUGGGCAGAAGUGACGAUGCUCUUGUGAAUGUUCCUUUGGUAAAGUAGCUGAUUAUUUGUUCUUGUAAUAGCACUGAAUGGUAAAGCUUCUUCUAUUGCUCUCUCUUUUUUUUUUUUUUUCUUUUUUGAGGCUUGGUUUGGACAGUCCCAUUUGUAACACAGUAUAACAUGCCGUGUUUAUUAAUGAAAUAUUCCUGAAUGUUCGUUUGUGUGAGGUGUCGUAGAAGCAUUUCCAGUGCAGCAGUACUGCUCUUGCUACGGUUUUUUUUUUUUUUAAGGUUUAAGUGUGCAGGGACCCGGGUCCGUAACUUUGUCACUAGCAUGGGCCUUUUCUGUACUAAUUACGUAAUCGUUAUUAAUAGAAUGGUGGUAAACUUAUGCAUGCGCUAUGCCCACCAAUAGGUCACCUGACGUAGAGUGGAGCUCUGAGGAAAGUGUGACGUUUUACUAACUCUUGUGCUUCACGAAUCAUCGAGCUCCAGAUUGUUCACAAGCUCUGAUUUACAUAUCCACAGUUUUAGAACGAACGAGCAGCAUUUUAUGCCAUGUCUAUUUUUAAUCGUUAUUGUGUCUUCAUUUCUUAUGGUAAAAAUGUAUAUCUGAAAAACAUGUCAACAAACGAAACUGUGUCCCACUGGCCUGUACCUGAUAGGGAAGUCCUUUUGUAUGUUGCAGGAGAGCUCUUAGUUUUCAUUUGCUCUCCUCAGUUGUGGCUACCAUGACUUCCCCAUGUUCGGGUAGUUCUUGCAAGGUACCACAUUCGUUUUAUGUCACCUCCGACAGUGGCACUUCCCUCUCACGAUGCUGCUGUCGUUGUGUGAUGUGGAGUUAAAACCUGAGCUGGUUGAUAUGUGUAACGUAUUAAAAGCUGUAAAGACCUCUUGUGCUAACUCUCAUUUUUGAAGACUGCACUCAGGAUUUUACAGCUUUUAGUCUUUUCGUCCCUAUUUGGAAACUACAUGCAUUAUUGAGACAGUUGGUGUGGAUGACCGAGAAAAUUACAUGCCUGCAUUUUGUACUAUUUGUGUACAUAUUUUUGCCUUUGAGUCAGCCACUAUAUAGAGCUGUACUGUGAUAAUAUACUUGAUAUGGGCCUUCUGUCUCCCUCAGUAAUGUGGAUGCAUCAGAUAGGACAAUGUAGAAGGCCCUCUGAUAUUGAUGAUGAUGUAUACAUUACACAGGCAACAAGUGGGUGUUAUGAGCACAGCUAGGCAAUUUUUGAUAUUGUUAUGCAUGAUAUCUGUUUGAGCUACGCACUGUAUUUAGUGCCCACAUAGUUGUGUGGUCCUGUGUUCAGUAUUUUUGUAUGUAGAUAUAAAGUGAAGAACUUUCUACCAAUAAAGAGUUCGUGUACAUUUCCAAAGUACAACUAUA